AUGAGUUUAACCAAAAUCUACCUACGAUAUUAUCCACCAGGUUUAGCGCUCAAUUGCCGCACCACUGAUGGCAAGGAAAUGCUGAAUCAUGUCGAUCUAUUGGACUUAAAAGCCAACACACGUGUGGAGCACGUUAUAAAUAACAUUACAGACGAGCUACAAAGCCAAGAAGAAACAAACCGCAACACAACAGCAUUGGAUGCUGCUAAUGGACAUCAGCUUAAAGAGGCCUUGGCAUACGUUGAUUCUCCGCAAAAAACGAAUGGCCACACAAUGAACGAAUUUCCCCUACAACAAAUAGUCAACAACUAUACAGAACCGCUACGGCAGGCGAUUGGCAAGCUGCAACGUAAACUAUUGGAACCCACGCAAAAGAAAUUCUAUAUGCAUCGGCGUGUCGCACACCUGUUGCCACUGACCAACGUUUGUUUCGACAGAAGUGGCACACGUUGCUUGACCGGCAGCUAUGACCGUAUUUGUCGUAUUAUUAAUACACAAGAUGUUGGUGAGGCGCAACUGUUGAAGGGACAUGAUAAUGUUGUCUUCUCGGUGGCCUUUAAUCAACCAAAAUGGUAUUUUCCAUGGAGUUUAUAUGAAUUUUUACACUUUCAUAAUUACACGCAACUUAUAUUUGCUUUCAACAGCGACAAAGUGGUGACGGGCUCCUUCGAUGGCACCGCCAGAGUGUGGCAAGCCUCCAAUGGCCAAUCACUGUGUACGCUGUAUGGUCACACAGCCGAACUGGUGAUGGCCGAAUUCGAUCCCAUACAGUCUACUAAGGUGGCCACCGCUUCAAUGGAUAGCACAGUGCGUCUUUACGACACGGAAACAGCGCUAGAGUUGCAGUUACUGCGACAUCACGGUGCCGAAGUGAUUGCAUGUCGUUUUCGUCGUUGUGGCAAUAUGUUGCUUUCAGCUUCCUUCGACAGCACUGCAGCCAUUUGGGAUAUACGCAGUGGAUGCCUCGUCUCCCAGCUACGUGGUCACACUGCCGAAUUGAGUAACUGUGUUUGGAAUUUUUCAUGUAUUCACAUUGCAACUUCAUCGCUGGACAGUACCGCCCAGUUGUGGGAUGUGCGUCGUCUAGAUGCGCCGCUCUUUAACAUCACAGGACAUCGUGAGGAGGUGCUUGAUGUUUGUUUUAACUCUAGCGGUUGCCGUUUGGCCACCUGUAGCAGUGACUGCACGGCACGCGUUUGGAAUGUGCGUGGCGAUUUGGAGCAGCUCGCCGUCAUGGAGGGUCAUAACGAUGAAGUUUCAAAGGUUUGCUUCAGUCCUCCCGGCGCUCUUCUUCUGACCGCGUCGGCGGACAACACUGCCCGCUUGUGGUUUACAGAGAGCGGUCAAUGUUCUCAGGUUUUGAGCGGACACGAUGGUGAGGUGUUUUCCUGCGCCUUUAGUUAUGCUGGGGAUAUCAUAGUCACAGCUUCGAAGGACAACACCUGUCGUUUGUGGAGAUGA